AUGAAAGCCCCAACGCCUAGAGUUAUUUUCGUUCGUCACGGCCAGACAGAAUGGUCGAAGUCAGGCCAGCACACUUCGGUCACAGACAUUGAUCUCACGCCGUUUGGUGUCAAGCAAAUGGAAAGGACUGGCCACCAGUUGAUUGGCCAUGAACACUACCAGAUGAUCAAGCCAGGCAGCUUGAAGUUGGUCAUUUCUUCGCCUAGAAAGAGAGCUCAGCAUACGGUUCAGUUGUUGCUUGACAGCUUGACUGAGGAGGAGAGAAAGGCUAUUCCAAUUGACGUCGAUAACAAUAUUAGAGAAUGGGAGUAUGGCGACUAUGAGGGAUUGCUCACCAAGGAGAUUCACGCUUUGCGCCAGAAAAAAGGCCUUGAUAAGGACUUGCAACCUGGCGAUAAGUGGAACAUCUGGCGUGAUGGCUGUGAAAACGGUGAAGACUACCUCCAGGUCACAGAAAGAGUCGAUAAGGUGAUCCAGAAGAUUAGGGAUUUGCACAGAAAGGCUCUUGACUCCGAGGAACCUUGCGAUGUUCUUGUUGUUGGUCACGGCCAUAUUUUGCGUUGUUUUGCUGCUCGUUGGGUGAACCAGCCUAUCAACACCAACCCUAACUUCAUGUUGGACGCUGGUGGAGUGGGUGUGUUGAGUUACCAGCACCACAACAUCGACGAGCCUGCUUUGUUCUUGGCUGGCGCUUUCACUGUGCCAGUUGAAGAGGAGGGUGCUGACCUUUAG